AUGGGUCCUAAAUUCUUGAGGACCAUGCAGAUCUACUCCAUCAAAGUCGCGGAAACGGAAAGCUUUCACCUUGAGUGGCCACUCGAGGUAUACGGUGUGGUCGCUGCCCAAGAUGGCGUGGACCAUCGUCGCAACCUUCUCUUCCUCCGCAUAAGGGAUGACUGCCAAAUCCUCACGAAACAGGAUCCCUUUCUGCACUUGAUUGGCCCGUCUCGUGCGAUUAUAUCUGGGGACGAUGUUGUUGGGGAACAUGUCAUGAUUGAUGUCCACCUAAAGCUAAAGGGCACCGUAGAGUCUAAAGAUAGGACAUUGAUCAGUAAAGCCUUCUGUUACGACUACGGUCAUUAUGAUCAUAGUGUUUCUACGCGUCUCCACAGGGGCCUUUGUGACAUUGAACUAUGUUGUGAGCAUCUUCGACGGUCGCUCCAAGCCACUAUCCUGGGCGUCCAACUUGUAAAAGGAUCAUUGCCUUGUGAAAGUGGCAUCAAAGUCCUUUGCUUCGCACUAACUGAAGAUGAAACCAAAGGCGGUCUCCCAUCUAGGCCUGUUUUGCUGCUUGAUUCACAAGCUGAAACAAUGCCCGUGGAUGAAGAGGGUUAUCUAGAGCUCUCAAGGCGAGCUGGUUCAGUAAAAUUAAACGGAAGGCUGGCAAUUCUCGUACAUGCUAGAGAAGCGAGUGGAAGUGUUGUCUUCACACCCAAAUCUAGCAGCGUAAGUCAAGAAAGAUGUGACCUUGGUGAUUGUGAAGUGGAGAUAACCGUUACUUGGUCUCUCAUGGCUAAAAGCCAACAUCAUAUCGGGCUGAUGGGAUGUGCAGAACCUUAUUACGCACAUGAACUAUAUCGUAUUCCCAAGAUGAUACUUGAGGAAGACGCUUGUUGA